UGCAAUUUGACUGCAUAGUUUCCUUCUUCCCGCGCACAAUUUCAAAUUGAAAAUCCCCAAUCAACCUAGGGUUAGGGCAAUCGAUUCUUCUCCUAACAAAUUCGCCGAUUGAGUGAUGUCUGCUACCGAAACGAGUGUUCCCAUGGAUAUUUCCAUCCCUCACAUCACUGAAUGCAAUGGCCCCGAGCAGGAAGCUACCAUUUUCGAGCCACCUGCUGCGGCGUCUGCUCCGCCACCUCCGCCGCCUAUAAUCAACGAAGAGAAAGUCCUCGUCUCAGUUGAGGUUUUACUGAAACCAUCUAGCACAGCUCGGGCUGAAGAUGUGCGUUUGGCAGUGGAGAGAAUGCUGGAAAAGAGAAGCAUGAGUUAUGCAGAUGGUCCGAUCCCAGUCCCACUGGAUGAUACAUUUCUAGUGGACAAUGUGCAACGAAUAUGUAUAUGCGAUUCAGAUGUUUGGGUGGAAAAGCAGGAUAUUCUUUUAUUUUGGCAAGUUAAGCCUGUUGUGCAUGUUUACCAGCUCAGUGAGGAAGGACCAUGCGAAGAAUUAAGCAAUGAUGGUCAACUUGCUAGUUUUCAUGAAUGGAUUCUUCCUGCAAAAGAAUUUGAUGGAAUGUGGGAAAGCUUAAUAUAUGAUUCUGGUCUCAAACAGAGAUUACUACGAUAUGCAGCAAGUGCAUUGCUUUUCACUGAGAAGGGUGUCAAUCAUGUCCUUGUUUCUUGGAACCGCAUUGUUCUUCUUCAUGGACCCCCGGGCACUGGCAAGACGUCUUUAUGCAAAGCAUUGGCUCAAAAACUCUCAAUACGCUUUAGCACAAGAUACCCUCAGUGCCAGUUGAUCGAGGUUAAUGCCCAUUCCUUGUUCAGUAAAUGGUUUUCUGAAAGUGGAAAGCUGGUUGCAAAGCUUUUCUCCAAAAUACAAGAAAUGGUAGAGGAAGAAAACAAUCUCGUUUUCGUCUUGAUUGAUGAAGUUGAAAGCCUUGCUGCUGCCAGGAAGGCUGCUUUAUCUGGGUCUGAGCCUUCGGAUUCUAUAAGGGUUGUGAAUGCCCUGCUGACCCAGAUGGACAAGUUGAAAUCGUCACCUAAUGUAAUAAUCCUUACUACAUCGAACAUAACUGCUGCUAUUGAUAUCGCAUUUGUUGAUCGAGCUGAUAUAAAGGCAUAUGUCGGGCCUCCAACUCUCCAAGCACGCUAUGAAAUUCUAAGAUCUUGCUUGGAAGAGCUUCUAAGGACUGGAAUACUAACAAAUUCUGAGUUUCAGGAUGGCAAUAACUUCUUAAUUCCAAGUUAUACCAAUCUGAGAGAGCAACUGGAUUCAGCUCUUAGCCCAGACACAGCAUCUCCAUUCUAUCUUGCUAAGCAACUGCUUGCAGCUGCUGAAGCAUGUGAGGGACUGAGCGGCCGCUCGCUCAGGAAGCUUCCGUUUUUGACACAUGCAGCUCUUGCAAAUCCAUUCGGGUGUGAAGCUGGAAAAUUCUUGCACAAGAUGAUUGAAACAUCCAGAAGAGAACGCUCUGAGAUGCUCGAGUGAACUGAUCUUUGUCUUUCUUCAAUGACACAUGGCGCCAUUGGUGUUAGAAAUGUAUUAGUACUAGUUUUAGGGAUGGAUUUACUUCAGUGUAAACUUUAGCCACAGCUAUGAUAAAAUAAUGUUCUUUUGUCACUCUA